CUACUAUAGCGUUUUGUAUUGUAUUGUAAACACUUCUUCCAUUCUGAAAAAAUAUUUUUAUUUAUUUAAAAGUAAUUAGAUUGUAUUUUAGAUAAUUUUAUACAUGGGAUUGAUCUUUGAUACCAACCGCACUAUUCACAUUCACGUUUUUCUAAUUACACAAAGGCACAAACAAUGAACAGAUAUUGAUUAGUAAACAAUGGCUAGGCAAUAAAAUAGAAAUGCAAUGUUUCUAGUUUGAUAAAUAAUCUAAUACCAAAUGGAAUCCUAUGAAGAACUGCUAAUUGAAGCAAUAAACAAUGAUGAUCUCAAAUGUUCGCAGUAUUGGCUUUCGAAAGGUGCUAAUCCAAAUAAAAUAAGUUCCUCUGGUAGAACUCCUUUAGGUGUCGCAGCACAACAUGGUAAUUUUAACAUUUUAAGAUUAUUAGCGGAAAACCAAAGAAGCGCCAUAAAAUACAAAAGUGAUAAUGAUCCAUGCAAGCAGCACAAGCCUUUAAAAUUGGAUUUCACACAUAAAAAUCAAAAUAGAAAUAUUGGUUACUUUGUUGUGUGUAAAGAUAUUGAUGAGGCAGAAUUUGGAGAUGGACCGACACCAGAAGGUAUGGAAGCUUUGGAGUGGGAUAUGGAGGUGACCGACGACAAUUUACUUAACGAUAAUCUCUGCUCUACACCACCAGAAGCCAGAAUUUACAAAUGGUACGCCGAUGUCUUGAAUCGCACUGCCAUCGUGUUGGAAUCUCCCGAAAAUGAUAUUGCUAGGUUUGAUAAGAACGGACUCAACGCUUUACAUUACGCAGUCAUAGGAUGUCACUGUGAUAUUGUAGAAUAUUUAUUAGAUAAUUUUAAAGAAAUAAGCGUCAACCAAAGUGAUGCGGAUAUGUUUAGCCCUUUACACAUGGCCGCACUUAAUGGAGACUCACGUAUGGUUAAAUUGUUGCUGGGAAAACGUGCAAACGUUCAAUUCAUGAAUCGCCAGAAGCACACUCCUCUACAUUUAGCUGCUCAAAAAGGAUACGCCGAUAUUAUAAACUUACUGAUCGAACACGGUGCAAACGUAAAUGCUCACGAUUUACACGACUGCUCGCCAUUAUCGCUUGCAAUUCUAUCCUGUCACGAAGACGCAGCUGAGAUCUUAAUUCGAAAGGGAACUCGGCUGAACCACGAAGAGUUCUGCGGUAUAACGGUGGUAUAUCGGGCAGUGUGGAAUAAUAUGAUUAACAUUACAAGAGCGCUUUUGGAAGGCGGCGCUAAGAUCAUACAGUCUCAAUAUCUAUUGCAUACCGCAAUUAGAAAUAAUAAUUACGAAAUGGUAAAAAUUUUGCACAAGGGCGGCGCUAUUCUUAAUGUAAGAGAUGAGCAGGGACAUACACCGUUAAUGAUGGCGUGUGUCUACAACAAUUUUCAAAUUUCCAAGUAUUUAUUAAAAAAUGGUGCUCCAGUUAACACUAGAAACGAACUUACCGGUCUCACUGCCCUACACAUUUGCGUCGAUAGUAUACGCGACCCGAGAACUUUCGAAGUAUUUCUAGAGCUUCUACUUUCGUACGGUGCCGACAUUAAUGCGGGCAGCUUCAUGGGAAACAUCCUAUUCCACGCAAUUAUGGCGGGGAAUUUAAAUGCGGCGUGCACGCUGAUUAAAUACGGUGCGGACGUAAACCUGCGAGAGGAGAGGGGUUUCGUCGAUAAUCUAACGCUCGCCAAAAACAAUGACAACGCGGAGCUUGUCAAACUAAUUAUUUACGCCGGUUUCAACUUUAGUAAUAUGCUCUUCGAUAUGAAAUGUUUAAAGACGAAGAGCGAAGAUCCGUUGUACGAUUUUAUGGCCUGUGUAAGUGCUAAACCGUUACCUCUUAGAGAUAUGUGCAGAAUACGGAUAAGACAAAUGUUGAGUGGAAAUAUUAUUCAAAAAAUCUAUUUACUGCCGUUACCGACGGUCUUAAAAAAGUUUCUAGCUUUGGAGGAGUUGUAGUCAUACAGGGAAAUUUUCUGAUAGUUUAAAUAAUUUGUAAUUAAAACCAUCGUGACACGGCCUGUUGAUAUUUGCACAAACAUUUAAAUCUUUUCUGAAUUACAUAAUAGUUUGGAAAUUUUAGAAUUCAGCUCGUCAUUAUACGACAGGGCUAUUAUAUGUGAUCUUUAUAGUUUCAUUUUUAUGUACUUAUAAGUAUACUAAGUAGUCAUGCCUUAGUAGUUUAAAGAAUUUAUAUUGUUUUUAAUUGUAUAAGUGUAUUUAUUUUUUUUAAUAAACAAAAUUUUAAUGGAA